AUGUUCAGAGAAAGUAUUGAAAUCAAAGGUAUCGAUGACUGGAGUCUAAAAAGUUUAAAGGUGGCUCCAACUAUUGCCCAAGGAGCCGUGGAAGGUACGGCUGCAACAGUAGAUAUCACUAAAGACUCGUCAAUGGCCAAGAAAAUGAAUGACGAGGCAUUGGCUCUCAAUAGCAAGAAGGAAACCAGUGGCAUCAUCUUAAUCGCUCCGGCUUUGAGUAUCCGAUUGUCAGAGCUGGCAUAUCAGCCCAUGAUUAAGCACGAAGACUUUGCGUCUCAAGUCAUGAAAAACUUAAAAUAAGUAGAAGUUGAUCUACACAACUUUGUGCUAGCCUGCUAUUCGAAAGAGUAAGAUAAAGCGAUAGUAGAGAUAGCCUAUGAAACCGGUGGGCUACCGCUUAUAAGAUCCAAAACAAUUUGCUGAAAGCAAAAAAAAAAUGGGAUUGAGAGCUAGGUACCAUGUGAUGGGGUAUUGGUACAGACAUUCAACAGUACCAUCAUGGUGUUUUUUUAUUUCUUUUUCUUUUUCUUAAGUUGGACUUAGAGUUGUUUUAUUUGUAAUUGCGAUUGGAAGGUUGUUGCGAGGCAUGAAAUGAUAUAGAAUGAAAUAUCAUGCAUCCAAUGAAAUUAAAUCUGAUCUUAGUUACUGACACCGAAUAAAUCUAGACCGAAAUAUUGAGUG